AAUUCAUCUGUCAUCCGACACCUGAUUAUUUAUUUUUGAGACGAACUCGGCGUAAGGUCGAUGUAGUUGUUAUUUGUAUUAAACUUUGCAGUUUAGCUGUCUUAUUUUAUUAACGUAGAGUGGUGGUGUAGUGUUUAUCAAAAUGAGUGACAUGGAGAGGAUAUUUAAGCAAGCUGCGAUGCAGAUAGGUGCUGGCGGCAGUGCCGGCUUCGUAGAAGUCCUGAUCAUGCAGCCCCUUGACUUAGUGAAGACGAGACUGCAGCUCCAAGCCACAAAAUCCACGUUAUCAAGAUCUGACCCUCAUUACUACACUGGGAUAGCGGAUUGUAUGAAGAAAAUGUACAAAUAUGAAGGAAUCACUUCAUUCUGGAAGGGUAUUUUACCUCCUAUAUUGGCUGAAACUCCUAAGCGAGCUGUGAAGUUCGCUACCUUUGAACAGUAUAAAAAGAUUUUUAUGUUUGGUUCCAGUUCACCAACACCUUUAACCUUCUCACUAGCGGGACUAGGGGCAGGUAUAACAGAGGCCAUUCUUGUUAAUCCCUUCGAGGUAGUUAAAGUGACCUUACAGUCCAACAAGGCUAAAGUGAAAGAACUGCCCAGCACAUGGUCGGUGACCAGGCAAAUUGUUAGGGAACAUGGUUUGGGCUCCAGAGGACUUAAUAAGGGCCUUACAGCAACGAUAGCAAGAAAUGGCGUCUUUAAUAUGGUGUAUUUUGGAUUCUAUCACAGUGUUAAAGGUGUUGUGCCGGAAUAUGAGGAUCCAGUACUAGAAUUCAUCAGAAAACUAGCCAUCGGUUUCACAUCAGGAGUUCUCGGGUCCUGCAUCAACAUACCGUUCGACGUGGCCAAGAGUCGCAUCCAAGGCCCGCAGCCGACGCCGGGCGUCAUCAAGUACAGUUCCACUACUGGAGCCAUUAUACUUGUGUAUAAGGAGGAAGGAUUCCGCGCCUUAUACAAAGGUCUGUUACCCAAAGUGCUUCGACUGGGUCCCGGAGGGGCGAUUAUGUUGGUUGUUUACGAUUACGUAUAUCACUUCCUAGAGGAAAAGUUUAAGUAAAUAAUACAUACAUAUCCAAUAGUAAAUAGAUGCACAAACAGUUACCGUACAAUGUACAGCACAAACAAUCUUCGUUUAAAAUAACUUAAGUACUGGCUGAUAAGAUUUGAAAAGCAUUUAUUGUGACACGGUUCCAAAUUAUUUAAGGUGUUUUCAUUAACCAGUUUUUUGAUAUGUAUAGUUUUAAUAUACAUUAUACAUAUAAUAUUUUUGUAAACGUGAAAGAAAAAUUAUAAAUACUUAGUUGUCGUAAGCUUAUUUCGAUUUUAAUAAAUGGACCACACAAUAAGAAUUUUAAACCGUAGAUAAUAAGCCCUUGGCAAGUUCUUUUGUAUAGAAUUUAUGGAAAAACAAUCGCAUUUAUAAAGUUGAUUAAAAAAUAAUAUGUCAUGGGUGUGGGCAAUAAUUUGGGUAACAAUAAUGUUAACUGAUUUUCAAAUUGUUAUUAUUCUUUUAUUGUUGAAAAAAUGUUUGUGAUAAUGGUGCCUUUAAUAGUUACUCAAAGCAAAAGCAAAUGUAAAUGCAGACACAUAAGAAGUUAUAUAAUUAAUAAAUAUUUUUAUAAUACCUAUUGCAUAUACUGUUACGAUUGACGCAUUGUUAUAAGAUAAGAAUUUUAUAUAGGGGUAAAAGCAUUUAUUUAUCGAAUAGUCACAAGUCGCAGUACCUAAACUUAGGUACUUUCGAAUAAUUUUGAUAGAUGUUAUAAAAUUAACAAAAUAUUGUUACGUAGGUAAGUUGAAAUGUUAUUUUUGUUACGACUCUUGAAUAAAUUGUGUUUGAUAAAAAAUGAUUUUAUUUUAAAUAACCAUGUUAAUUAGAUUAAGAGGUACCGAAUGUUUUGUGCAGUUGACUUAUCCUAAUUAGAUUUGCGGUCGGCUCAGCACGGUUCAUUAUCUCCAUACCAUUCUAACUGCCAUUUAUUCUCUAUAUAAAAAAAACCUUUUU